UUAAAAUGCUUUUUGUUUAUUUGUGUCAGGUCGUCACUGUGACGUUCAUCAGAUGACUGGAAACUACAUGUGGGAUGAAGCCUCAAAGAAGGAGUUUCUGAUUGGGACCAACCUUGACAGUCGGUUGCCUCUUUGGUGGGAUGGAUCAGAGCCAUUAUGGGUCACCCUGCAGAAACUGGGAAAGAAGGUUUUCAUGUACUACUGGCCUGGCUGUGAGGUGGAGAUUCUGAGUGUCCAUCCAUCAUUCUGUGAGGAAUAUGUCUACAACCCAUCAGAGAAAAACCUCACAGAGUCAAUAGUGAAUGCUCUUAAUGUCCUGAGCUCAGGCGAAGCGACCAUGGCAGCAAUAUAUUAUGAGAAAAUAGAUGUGGAGGGCCAUCACUUUGGUCCAGAGUCUCAUCAGGUUAGAACAGCUGUACGACAACUGGAUCUCGCUGUGCAGACACUCAACCGCAUAAUAAAAGAGAAAAAGAUGGUGAACCAGCUGAACAUUGUGCUAUUUUCAGACCAUGGUAUGACAAAGAUCCAGUGGAUGGAGAAGGUCAUAGAGCUGGACAAGUACAUCAACAUGUCAGCUAUUGUCAAGAUGAUGGACAGAGGACCUGUAGUCAGUCUGUGGCCCCAAUAUAAUAAGCACCAAGAGGUGUAUGCCGCAUUGUCCCUGAUCCCUAACAUGCGUGUCUAUGCCAGACAGGAGAUCCCUGAACGGUUCCAUUUCAAAGGAGGGCAGUUUGUUUCCCCCCUAACACUGGUGGCUGAUCCUGGCUGGUUUAUCGCUGAGAACAAGGCAAAACUUCCAUACUGGAGCAACGACUCUGGGGAGCCGUCACUAUGGCAAAAUGGUUGGCAUGGUUAUGACAACGAGUUCCUCGACAUGAGAGGGAUUUUCUUGGCGACAGGACCUGACUUCAAGAAAAAUUUUCGGGCUGCUCCAAUUCGAGUGGUGGACAUCUACAACGUGAUGUGCUGGACGUUGGGAGUGAAACCUUUGCCAAAUAAUGGGUCCUGGUCUCGGGUUGAGUACUUCCUGAAUGCCUCUUAUAGUCCAUCCCUACCCACAACCCUCUGCUGUAUGGGAAUGUUAGGAAUACUAUUUGCACUAUGGGACUAAAGCAUCAAAGAGUUCAGUGUUUAUGGCAUUUGAUUGUAUCUAGAAAUGAUCUGCUAGAAAGAAUAAGAACAGUAAUGGAAGCGAAAUGAAAAAAUCAAUCUUGAAAUAGUUAAGGACCAAGAACUUGAGGACUUAAAGUGCCUGGAGAGUUUUCCAGGACCUCAUCCACACUGUCCAAAUGGACCGGGAAAAAAAUGCUAACCACUCGUCAUCAAUCAUAGUGCAACAUUAAAAGUUAAAUGUACAUGUCAGCUGGACUUUUUUUUUUCAUACAAAGUUCUUUCUAGGAACUUCCAGGAAACGCUCAAGGAAAUGAUAGACCCAUGAAGAAAAGCAUUGCUGAUUUCUGGGUAUUUGUAACCUUGAAGCUGUUGAAUGCAAACCUCUUCUCUUGUUUAUUGCCAUUGUUCUCCACAAAACUGAUGCAUAGAAAAAAGCCCGUGUAUCCAGAUAAGAAGGAAUCGUUUUUCAACCACUUUCACACUACCUAACACUCAAACACCUUUUGGGGUUAAGUGUCUUGCUCAAGGACACAUGCGACUAGCGGAGCCGGGGAUCGAACCACCGAUCCUCUGAUUGAGGGACGACCCUGCUCUCCACUUAGCCCACAGAAGAGCACUUUUAAAUUGAUAGACUUCAUAAAGUACAUAAUGCUGAUGUUGCCUGCUUUCAAUAUGUGUAACAGCUAGAAUAGGAAUUAGGAGGUAUAAUGAAAGCCAUACUUUCUUCUUUUGGCAAGGCACAGAUGGGUUCACUCUGUAUGAUGGUUGAUUAUAAGUGAGAUGCUUAUUUGGAUUGGGCAACAACUUUAUUCCAUUGUGCAAUCCUGUAUUGCACAAAGAUAAAGCUGGACCUUGAACUCAGCUAUUCAUGUCUUUGCGUUGGAUCUUUACGACUCUGUAUGACGCAUGCUUUGUGAAAUGUGCUUUAUAAAUAAAUUUGCUUUGAUUUGGAAAACA